AUGGCUAAAUUUGUUCUCGCGGUUAUAGUAGUCAUAUUACUUAGGUCGACCACAAAAGCCGGUCUUCCUCAACGUGAUGAACCAAUGACUAUCGUUGUAGAUUUGGACAACAGUUACCCGAGAGACGAAAUAAAAUAUUUACAAGAAAAUGACGAUUUAAUAGAUAUGCCAAAGGAUGAGCCGUUUGUGAACGACGCUUUGGUGAGGACUAUGCCGGAAGAGCAUAAUAUGAUGAGGAGCACCACCGAAACUCCUUCCGUACCAACGAACGAUGACCAGGCGACAAAAUCCUCGACUAUGACCACGACAAUGAAUACAAGGACAACGACGAGUACAACAAAUUCGACUACCGUCACGUCUACAUCGACGCCGACGACGAUGUCUUCAACAACCACAAUUGCGUUGACGACUUCGUCUACGUCAACAAUGUCUGGCACUAGACAUUAA